AUGGCUGAAGGUAAUUGGCGUAUUGGGGAGAAGUGCCUUGCCCCUUGUCUUGAAAAUGGGAAACUUCUUGAAGGAACAAUAUUGUCUAUUGAAAAGGACAAGAAUGGAAAAUUGUUUGCUGUUGUAUCCUUCUUGGAGUCUGAAGAAAGGAAAAUACUAAUAACUAAACUUUGUAGAGUCAAAGCCAGUAGAGGACCCUGGAAAAGCUUAAUAUUUGAUGAUGGUGAUCUGGAAAAGCCAUAUUUUCCUGAUCGAAAUCUUCCGUCUCCCGCAGCUGCUUUUAAGUUGUCUGACAAUGGUGAUUUUAUCCCGUAUACAAUUAACAGAUACCUGCGUGAUUAUCAAAGAGAAGGAGCCCAAUUUCUGUAUGGACACUAUGCUAAUAAAAGGGGAUGUAUUCUUGGAGAUGAUAUGGGCCUUGGAAAGACAAUACAGGUUAUUUCAUUUUUGGCUGCAGUGUUGCACAAAAAAGGAACACGUGAAGAUAUUGAAAAUAAUAUGCCAGAAUUUUUACUGAGGACAAUGAAAAAAGAAUCAAAGUGUAAUCCCAAGAAGACUUUCCUUAUAGUGGCCCCUCUUUCAGUGCUGUACAACUGGAGGGAUGAGUUAGACACAUGGGGGUACUUCAAGGUCUCUGUCUUACAUGGCAAUAAAAAAGAUGAUGACUUGAUACGCAUCAAGCAGGGGAAAUGUGAAGUUGCCCUUACAACGUAUGAGAUACUUCGCCUAUAUUUGGAUGAAUUUAACAGUGUAGAAUGGUCUGCUGUGAUAGUGGAUGAAGCACAUAGAAUCAAGAAUCCAAAGGCUCAAAUAACUCAAACCAUGAAGUCAUUAAAAUGUCCUGUUCGCAUAGGUCUUACUGGAACCAUUCUUCAAAACAAUAUGAAGGAACUUUGGUGUGUUAUGGACUGGGCUGUACCAGGACUUUUGGGUAGCAGAGUACAUUUCAAGAAGAAAUUUUCUGAUCCAGUGGAGCAUGGUCAGAGGCACACUGCAACUAAAAGAGAGCUAGCAACAGGUCGUAAGGCCAUGGUGAAGCUAGCAGGAAAAAUGUCUGGCUGGUUUCUGAGACGUACCAAAGCGCUUAUCAGUGAUCAGUUGCCAAAAAAGGAAGACAGAAUGGUGUACUGUUCCCUGACUGAAUUCCAGAAAGCAGUGUACCAGGCUGUGCUAGAGACAGAGGAUGUAAGUUUAGUAUUACGAGGAGGAGAGCCCUGUAGCUGCAACAGUGGCCGUAAAAGGAAGAACUGUUGUUACAAAGUAAAUGCUCAUGGUGAAACAGUUAAAUCACUGUGCUUCAGUUACCUGACAAUCUUACGGAAGGUUGCAAACCAUGCUGCACUGCUGCAGACGGACAACAGUAGCAAGCAUCAG